UGAUUUGCUUGCUUCGGCUUGCAAAGAUCAACUCAUUUAAAGGUAUAGAAUGUUGUUACUGGAUUCUGAAUGCAUGAUUUUGAAACAAAAAUGAAAUCAGAACAUAUGUGAAAAUACUAAUAUGUUGUUGUUUUUAGGUGAAAGAGCUGUUUCAAAUUCAUUUGAUAUGUCUCUAUUGGAAAUCAAUCCUAACUACCUUGCUGUUCUUGAGUUUGUGGCCAAGUAAGAUAUGUUUACAAUUCACAUUUCUUUUGCUAAUAUAUACCUGUGAAUCCUAUUUAUAUUAUCUAAAGUUUAUUUCAUUUUCUUUUAUUUGUUAACAAUAGUUUACCACCUGAUGUUAUGCCACUUACUAUCGAAGACUCAAAGGCAAAACAAGUGAAUGCAGAACAGAGAAAAAAGGAUUACUAUGAUCGUUUUCCAAGGAAAACCAUCUCUGGACUCUUUUGUUUUUCUGAGGUAUUAGUAUUUGAUAAUAUUAUUUUUUCUAUCAACUAUUAAAUUCUCUGUCUAUACUACUAAUUAUCUAUUUUUUUUGUUUAGACUGGAAAGUGCAACAUAAUUUGUACCAUAAUGAAUAUCGACACAGACUAUUCUUGGUAUUUCUUUAGUUGCCUCAAGUGUAGCAAAACUGCCUAUAAGAUUCCAAAGGUUGAAAAUGAGAUUGUCAAGAAAGGUAAGAAAGAAAUGUUUUGGUGUCCAACAUGUAAGGAAGACACUCCUAAGGUGAUACCAAGGUAUCUUUUAAACGUUGGAGUAAUGGAUAGCACUGGAGACACUAAAUGUCUUAUCUUUGAUAAAAGUGCACAAGAGAUAAUCGGUGUGUCUGCAGAGGAUUUGCUUGAAGGGAAGUGGGAUGAGGUAAACAAAUCUGUUGUUAAUAGGAAAGUAGACCAUAAUAUUCAUAUCUCUUAUAUACUUUUUUAAUCUAUCAUAACAGAUUCAGGAUCCUACAAACUUGCCUCAGCAAAUCAGAGAUUUGGUUGGAAAGACUUUCCAGUUUCUGGUGACUGUUGGAAAGGAAAACAUCAAUGAAAUUGAUGAUACCUACAAGGUUUCAACCGUUUGGCUGGGUAAUGAAUCUGACAAUCUAGAUACUAUUGAAGAUUCUGACCAGCAGACUGACCAACGUAAUGACCUCUCUAUUGAUCAGGUAAUCUUAGUAGGUGCAACCAAAAUCAAUCUAUCAAAAAGUUAUUCAAGUUUAUCACUAAAGGGCUGGAUCGUGUUUCAAUUAAAUAGUGAGUACCAUCAGUUAACUCAAUUCAGAGAAUAAAGUAUGGAUACUUAUAACUAUGUAAUUUAAUGAUGCGUUCUAUGAAAGAAUUAUCUAUUAUAUAUUGACUAUCCUGAUUUUCUUACUGUAACAGGAAGGACUUGCUCUGACCAAUAGUAGUGAAACCACUGACCCUUUAGGUCCUACAUCAUCCACUCCUUCAUCUAAGCGUAGUAUGGAUGGUGUUUCUGAGGACAUUGAAGGUCAGGGUUCUACUACUAAAAAGGCAUGUGUCUCUUCCAUUCUUGGUGACAUUGAGAAGGAAGAGAUUGAAGGUGGCAAGAAUUAAGUUGUGCUGGCUGGGAAUAAUGUAGGGAGCUUAUUUUAGCAAUUAGUUUUCUAUUUUUUUCUUCUGUUCAAGUUUCAAAACUUCUUUAGUUAUUUCCUUAAGCUAUUUGCUAUUUAAUUUUCAGUUAUUUUGAAUUCAAGCAAUAAAGUCUAAGCUUCUCCUUAUAUUAAACUCUUUGCAAAAUAUAAAUUAACUUGUGCUUGAACUAAAGAUCACAAGACAAAGAGAGA